AUAUAAUAUAAUAAUAAGUCAAAAUAGAGUCGCCUUCGAUUGAUCCAUCCGUCCUGUGAUCACACUUUGCAUCUUUUAUUAUUUUCAGAGCAGCAUAUAAGUCCCAAGUGCCUAAAACCUUGGAUCCAUUCAACAAGCGCUAGUAUAGUAGAAUCAUGAAAUCCAACUUCAUUAUAUAGUAAAGUUAGUUCAUUGCUUGCCUGAACUAAUGCAAUCCGGUGAAACAAGUGUUUAUAAUAAGAAGUUAAAGCUCUCUUCUUCCUCCUCCUCCUCCAGCAUGCCUCAACCUCUUCCCAGUGAUGCCCAAGUCCCUUUUUCCAUCGACAACAUAGUAGAGUAUCCCUUGCCCGGUUAUGCCUCUCCGACUUGUGUUACUUUUAGUCCCGAUGAUAAUCUUAUAUCAUACCUGUUUAGUCCCGAUCAAUCAUUGAACAGAAAAGUCUUCAUCUUUGAUCUCACUACUUGUAAGCAACAACUCUUUUUUACCCCUCCUGAUGGUGGCCUUGGUGAAGAUAAUCUGUCCGAACAAGAGAAAUUCAGGAGGGAACGAUUGAGAGAGCGUGGUUUGGGAGUCACUAGCUACGAAUGGGUCAAAACAAGCUCCAAGAAGACCACAAUUAUGGUGCCUUUGCCUGCCGGGAUAUAUUUCAUGGAUCGUUCUCUACAACCACAGCUCAAGCUUUCUAGCGAUUCCUCCCCAAUCGUUGAUCCUCAUCUUUCUCCCGAUGGUACUAUGCUUGCUUAUAUAAAGAAUCACGAGCUACAUGCAUUAGAUCUUCUGUACAACAGGUCAAAACGUUUGACAUCUGGGGCUAAUGGUACCACAAAGAUGCAUGCUGUUGCCGAAUAUAUAGCACAGGAAGAGAUGGACCGGAAGAAUGGCUACUGGUGGUCACCAGACAGCAAAUGCAUAGCAUUUACAGAAGUAGAUUCAUCUGAGAUACCUCUUUACAGAAUUAUGCACCAGGGUAAGAGUACAGUUGGUUUAGAGGCUCAAGAAGAUCAUGCUUACCCUUUUGCCGGGGCCUCAAAUGUCAAGGUCCGCCUCGGAGUUGUACCUGUAAUCGGAGGACCGGUGACCUGGAUGGAUCUUAGCUGCGGGGGUGACGGAAACACCGAUGAAGAAUAUCUGGCUCGAGUCAACUGGAUGCGUGGAAAUAUUCUUGUUACACAAAUAUUAAACAGGUCUCAUUCCAAAUUGAAACUUCUCAAGUUUGAUAUUAAAACAGGCCAAGGAAAGUGUAUCUUGGUUGAAGAACAUGAAAUGUGGGUCAACCUACAUGAUUGCUUCACACCUUUGGAUAAAGGAGGUGGUUUUCUCUGGGCUAGUGAAAAAACAGGAUUUAGACAUCUUUAUCUGCAUGAUGAAGAUGGCUUCUGCAUUGGACCAAUAACACAAGGUGAAUGGAUGGUGGAGCAGAUUGUGGGGGUAAAUGAAGCAUCGGGUUUCAUAUACUUCACUGGAACGUUAGACGGCCCUUUGGAGUGCCAUCUGUAUCGUGCUAAACUGUUCCCACAGAACCCUGUUGAAAAGCCGGUCAAGUUGACCCGUGAAAAGGGUAAGCAUGUGGUGGUACUUGAUCACAAGAUGCAGAAAUUUGUGGAUAGUUAUGAUUCUCUCGAUUCUCCACCUAGAGUAUUACUUUGCUCCUUGCAUGAUGGAAGCCUGAUUAUGUCCCUUUAUGAGCAACAACCGUCUACAAUUCCAAGAGUCAAGAAGCUGCAACUCGAGCCUCCAAAAAUUUAUCAAAUUCAAGCAAAAGAUGGUACCGUUCUAUAUGGGGCUUUAUAUAAGCCUGAUGAAGAAAAGUUUGGACCUCCACCAUAUAAUACCAUGAUUUCCAUGUAUGGUGGACCAGGUGUACAGCUUGUCAGUGAUUCAUGGGCUAACACUGUUGAUAUGAGAGCUCAGUAUUUAAGAAGUAAAGGCAUCCUAGUAUGGAAGAUGGAUAACAGGGGUAGCUCGCGGCGAGGACUAGCAUUUGAAGCUGCGCUGAAGCACAAUUUUGGGCGUUUUGAUGCCGAGGAUCAGGUUUCUGGAGCCGAAUGGCUAAUAAAAGAAGGGCUGGCAAAUUCAGGUCACAUUGGACUCUAUGGGUGGAGCUAUGGUGGGUACCUCUCUGCCAUUACUCUCUCAAGGUUUCCUGAUGUUUUCAAGUGUGCUGUUUCGGGUGCACCUGUGACCUCAUGGGAUGGGUAUGAUUCCUUUUACACUGAAAAGUACAUGGGAACGCCCGAGGAGAACGAAUCCGGUUAUUCAUUUGGUUCGGUAAUGAAUCAUGUGAGCAAGCUGGAUGGUAAGUUGUUGUUGGUUCAUGGGUUGAUCGAUGAAAAUGUGCACUUCAGGCAUACUGCAAGGCUCGUGAAUGCAUUGGUGGGAGCUCGAAAAGGUUACGAGUUGUUGAUAUUUCCUGACGCACGACAUAUGCCUCGCCCUCUUAAGGAUCGGCUUUACAUGGAAGAAAGAAUUUGGGACUUCAUACAAAGGAGUUUAUGAAUGAAGUAUGAUAUAGCCUCUUUAGGUGUUUUUAGGAACCCAACCCUUUUUCUAUAGUAUAUUCCUUUUCUCAUUGUUCCCUUAAACACCAUAAGGAAUCGCAGAGUUCAUACAAGUUAUAUUGA